AUGGAGCACAAAUCUCAUUAUAGCUUAGUUCCUAAGAAUUAUCAGCACAUCCUGUCUAUGGCAUUUGCAGUGAAGGAGAUCAAUCAAAACCCACAGAUCUUACCGAAUCUCACUUUGGGUGUCUACAUCUAUGAUAGUUAUGACAAUGCCCAGAAGACUUACCAGGCCACCCUGCGACUUCUAUCAUCAGUUGAGAAAUUGUUCCCCAACUAUGUAUGUAACAUCCAGAAUGAUGUAAUAGCUGUUGUUGGGGGACUGGAUGCCCAAAUCUCCCUUUAUGUGGCAACUAUUUUGGAUAUCUAUAAGACCCCACAGAUGGUUCCCCCAGAAGCCCUUCAAUAUGCAGGGGUUGUCUCACUGCUCUUGCAUUUCAGGUGGACCUGGAUUGGGAUUCUUAUUAUGGACAAUGACCAUGGAGAAAAAAUGUCACAAACUGUGAUUCCACUACUUUCCAAAAAGGGGAUUUGUUAUUCUUUAAUUGAAAGAAUCCCAAAAUUUAGUGAUAUUACUAAACUUGAUGGUAUGAUUCAGCAGGGGGUAAAAAUAUAUGAAAAUGUCAUGAGUACUAAAGCUAAUGCAUUUGUGGUCUAUGGAGAAUCUUUCUCCAUGAUGUUCUUGAGAUGGUUGCAAUAUAUGCCAAAGCUGGAAGCAGUGAGAAGUAAACCAAAAGGUGUUGUGUGGAUAAUGACAGCCCAGAUGGAGUUCUCUUCAUCAGCCUUUCAACUCCAUUGGGAUACAGAAAUAAUGCAUGGUGCUCUCUCCUUCUCAAUGCACUCUGCUGAUCUACCAGAAUUCAAAUCAUUUAUUCAGAAAAAAAAUCCCUUCAGCACAAAGGAAGAUGGAUUUAUUAGUCUAUUCUGGCAAGAAGCUUUCAGCUGCGUGCUUCCUAAUAUGGCGAUGAGUGAUUUGCCUGAAAAUAUUUGCAAUGGAACAGAGGAUCUGAAGAGCCUUCCUGAAUCUCUUUUUGAAAUGAAAAUGACUGGUCACAGUUACAGCAGCUACAAUGCUAUGUAUGCUAUAGCUCAUGCAUUACACGCACUGUCCUCUUUUAAACAUAAACACAAAGCUAUGGCAAAGAGAAGAGGAGGAAUGAUAUAUAAUCAAGGCUUCUGGCAGCUCCAUUAUUUUCUGAGAGGCAUUUCUUUUAACAACAGUGCUGGAGACCUGGUUUCCUUUGAUCAGAAUGGAAUAGUAACAACUGGAUUUGAUGUCAUCAACUGGAUUGCUUUCCCAAACAAAUCAUUUUUUCGUGUGAAAGUUGGAAAGGUGGAUCACUUAGCUCCUCCAGAUGAAGUUUUAACCAUCAAUAAAGAGGUCAUUACAUGGCACAGUUGGUUUAACCAGGUCCAACCUCUUUCUAUAUGCAGUGAUAGUUGUCAUCCCGGUUUCAGCAAAAAAGUGAAGGAAGGAGAGCCAUUUUGCUGCUAUGACUGCAUCCCCUGCCCAGAAGGAAGGAUUUCAACUGAGUAUGACAAAAAUGAAUGUUUUAGAUGUCAAGACAAAUAUUAUCCAAACAAGGGACAGGAUUUCUGUAUUCCCAAGAUUAUAAGUUUCUUGACUUAUGAAGAACCUUUAGGGAUCAGUUUAGCAUCUCUUGCACUUAUCUUUUCUUUAAACACAGUCCUUAUACUAGGAGCAUUUAUGAGGAACCACAACACUCCCAUUGUCAAAGCCAACAACCGAAGCCUGACCUACAUGCUCCUCAUCUCCCUCCUGCUCUGCUUCAUUUCAGCAUUGCUAUUCAUUGGCAAACCGGGAAAAGUGACCUGUCUUCUCCGACAAACAGCUUUUGGCAUCAUCUUCUCAGUGGCUGUUUCUUCUGUCUUGGCAAAAACCAUCAUGGUGGUUCUGGCUUUUAUAGCCACCAAACCAGGAUCCAAGAUGAGGAAGUGGGUAGGGAAAAAAUUGACCAAUUCCAUUGUUGCUUCUUGUUCCCUCAUCCAAGUAGGCAUUUGUACUCUGUGGCUGACAAUGGCUCCCCCAUUCCCAGAUGUUGAUAUCAUCUCAGUGACUGAAGAAAUUAUCCUGCAAUGUAAUGAAGGCUCUGUGACCAUGUUUUAUUGUGUGCUUGGCUAUAUGGGCUUCCUGGCACUUAUCAGAUUCACCACAGCUUUUCUUGCCAGGAAAUUACCUAACAGUUUCAAUGAAGCCAAGUUCAUCACCUUCAGCAUGUUGGUCUUUUGCAGUGUUUGGCUGUCCUUUGUCCCAGCAUACCUGAGCUCCAAGGGGAAAUACAUGGUGGCUGUGGAGAUCUUCUCCAUCUUAGCCUCAGGUGCUGGGCUUCUUGGUUGCAUCUUUUCCCCCAAAUGUUACAUCAUUGUGUUCAGGCCUGACCUAAACAUCAGAGCACAUCUAAUAAGACAAAAAUAA